AUGCCUAAGGAGGUGAAGCAGAAGUCCGGCAUUAUUGUCGGCCUCAACGCCGGACACAAGGUCACGCCGCACCAGCCGAAGCCCAAAAUCUCCCGGUCAAAGGGCAGACAAUCGGCACGCGGCAAGUUCGUCAAGGACAUCGUCCGCGAGGUAGCAGGCUUGGCUCCCUAUGAACGCCGCAUCAUCGAACUUCUCCGAAACUCGAAGGAUAAGAGGGCCCGCAAGCUGGCGAAGAAGCGGCUCGGGACGUGGGGGAGGGCUAAGCGCGCCGCUGACAGAAUGGCAAGUAGCCUGUCCAAGUCAAAAUGGAGAUUUGCUGACCCAGCGCAGAGCGCCGUCAUCGCUGAGUCGAGGAGGGCAGGUCACUAA